CAUCACAUGCUGCCAUCGGGAGAGCUGAUAGUGCGUGACGUCACGGAGGAUGACGUCAGCAGGCGAUACAUCUGCCGCACGGUGCACAUGAUGACGGACCAGCACGUGGUCAGCCGUCAACCAGCAACCAUCACUGUUGACGGGCCGCGUGCACCAUCCAGUCCGCCGCGCAUAUCGGCGUCCUCCGCGGCCCAGCAGGUCAGGACGGGGGAGGAGGUCGCGCUCUUCUGCAUCGGCCACGCCGCCGAGGCACCGCCCAACAUCAGGUGG